AUAUAAAGGCCACUUGGAAGCUCUAUACAUAUGUAUAAUUCAACACGAAAGAAUGGCUUCUUAUGCAGUUUGUUGCAGGUUUUUAGCUUUCAUUUGCCUACAUUUUCUGGUGUUUGUGUGUGUGAGUGAGGGAGCAGCAGAGUUGAAGCACAAGCACAAGCACAAGCACAGACAGAAUGGAGGAUACCGUCCUGGGCCAGUUCAGGCUACAGAGAUAGAUUUGCUUGAGUUUCCUCUGAAUUUGGAAUACUUGGAGGCAGAGUUUUUCCUGUUUGGAGCCUUUGGAUAUGGCCUAGAUCAGGUUGCUCCUGAGCUGGUUAGUGGAGGGCCUCCUCCCACUGGGGCUGUCAAGGCUCAUCUUGAUCCCCUGGUGCAAGAUGUCAUUAAACAAUUUGCUUACCAGGAAGUUGGUCAUCUCAGGGCUAUAAAGGCAACAGUAAAGGGUUUUCCGAGACCCCAUCUGGAUCUGAGUGCCCAACAAUUCGCCAAAGUCUUCGACACUGCAUUCAAUACCAAAUUGAAUCCUCCAUUUGAUCCCUAUGCCAACAGUGUCAAUUAUCUGCUCGCAAGCUACGUUAUUCCCUACGUUGGUCUCACAGGCUAUGUGGGCGCCAAUGCCUAUCUCCGCUCCAAAUCUGCAAAGCGACUCCUGGCAGGUCUUCUGGGCGUAGAGUCAGGGCAAGAUGCUGUGAUUCGAACCCUGCUCUACAGAAUCAAGGACGAGAAGGUGGCUCCAUAUAAAUACACAGUGGCUGAAUUCACAGACAGACUUUCUACUCUGAGAAAUCAGCUUGGGUAUACCCGAACAGUGGAUGAAGGGCUGGUUGUGAAAAAAUCACUGGGAGCAGAAGGAAAGGUGAAGGGCAACAUUCUUGCAGGGGAUAAGUACUCUGUGGCCUAUGGCAGAAACCCUGCUCAGAUUCUGAGGAUUGUUUACUCUUCUGGUAAUGAGUCAAUUCCUGGUGGAAUAUUUCCUCAUGGUGGUGGGGGAAACAUCGCUAAAGGCUUUCUCAGUCGCCUCACUCCCCAUCAUGAUUUGAUUGAUUGAUUAUCAUUCAUCACCUGUCUCUGUUUUCUUUGUUCUCCUGUCAAAAUCGGAUGCAAAAAUAAUGGUCUGUUUGCAGACCAUGUGCAUACUCUUUUCUGAAAAGCUUGGAAAUAAAUUAUUUUAUUUUGGUUA